CCCGGGCUGAUUCCUGUCUGUCUGUGGAGCUUUGCUGUCGCCUUUCUGUCGUCGCUCUGGCCUUUCUGCAGCAGUGACACCAUCAUCCGUCUGGAAACACGACACCUCCCUUCGGAGCGGAGACAACAGGACUGAGCUGGGACUGUUUGGGAAGCAGAUCGGAGAUGUCAACACUCCGGAGCGAGCCCUCCUCAUCGGCCCACCCGUGCCGUGGAAGCAGCUGUCAGAGUGGAGAUGAUCCAGGAGGUGUUAACGAGGCGCUGCAGUGUCCUCCCAGGAAGCUGUAACCUUUGCUGCGUGCAGUUGUCGGUGCGGGUGCAGGGGGCGCUGUGGAGCAGCUGUCAGGCUGCAGAGCCUCAGAGGAAGACGAACUGCUGCCAGCUCACGCUUUUUUGUGCUUUUUUAGCCGGUUUAACGGAUAAAAACGCCUCGGUCACCAUGGCAACAGGCCGGCUGGUGGAGGUGUACCUGGACCUUCUAUCGCAGCCCUGCCGGGCGGUGCACAUCCUGCUCGCCUGCACCAAAAUCCCGCACAGAGUGCGCACCGUGGCGCUGCGGAAAGGAGAACAUCGGACUCCGGACUUCACCAAGCUGAACCCCAUGCAGAAGGUUCCUGUCAUGGUGGACGGCGGCUUUGUCCUCACAGAGAGCGACGCCAUCAUGAAGUACCUCGCCACCAAGUACGAUGUCCCAGAGCACUGGUAUCCACGGCAACCAGAGAGACGAGCCCGAGUGGACGAGUACACAGCGUGGCAUCACACCAACACACGACCGCACGCUGCUAAAGUCUUCAUCCUGGAGAUGCUGCUCCCGGCUCAGUCUGGCUCUCCGGUGGAUGAGGCCCGUUUGAAUCGCGCUCUCUCCGACCUCGAUGACACGCUGGAUAAACUGGAGUCCAUGUUUCUUCGCCGCCAGCCUUUCCUCUGCGGUGAUGACAUCACUGUGGCCGAUCUGCUCGCGGUGUGCGAGCUCACGCAGCCUCUGGCCGGGGGCAGAGACGUCCUGAAGGAGCGUCCUCAGCUGCAGCGGUGGAGGAGUCAAGUCCAGUCGGCCGUCGGUGAGGCGUUCGACCAAGCUCACAGCGUCCUGUAUGCCCUCAGAGACCACCGCCGAGCCCGGCUGUGACAUCUGCACGAGGGGGAGGAGUCAGCCGAGGGUGUGAGGAGGAUGAAGGAGCGGCUCGAUUUCACUUUGAUUUCUCUGCUUGAAAAGCCUCAGAGGCCUUCGAGCCAUCACAGAGUUCCUGGACUCUGAUCGAUGAAAGUAUCAAUGAAUCUAUCGAUGAAUCGAUGUUGGAGUUCAAUGUUUGAAUCAGCUGAAGCACUAUAACAGGAAAUGAGCUUUGAAAUGAAAAUAAAAAAAGCUGCUUGUACUUUGGCCCCUUAGUGUCUGUGGCUGAGCGCCCCCCGCAGGCUGGAGGAGGAGCUGCAGA